AUGGAAAAGUUAUUUGAAGUAUUCCCUUGCUCCACAACUCAGAAAGUACUCUUGGCUACCUAUACUCUAAAGGAUAAAGCCUGGAGAUGGUGGCUAUUGGUCCGAAACAAUAAUGUUAACAUGACAUGGGCUCAAUUUAACGAGAUGUUCUACAACAAAUACUUUCCCCAAUGCUUUAGAGACCGAAAAGUGUCAGAAUUCCAAGAACUCAAACAAGGCAGGAUAUCAGUGGCUGAAUAUGAGGCCAAGUUUACUGAAUUAGCUCGUUUUGCUUCUCACAUGGUGGAUACGGACUAUAAGAAAGCCCACAAAUUUGAAGGAGGAUUGGAUUUAGACAUAUUCGAUCGAGUAGGCGUAUUGAAGUUGCCAACAUACAUAGAAGUCCUUAACAGAUCCUUAAUGGCUGAAGCUAUCCUAGCCGCUAUGAAACAAAGUAAGGCCCUAACAACAACAACAAAAUGGAGAGGAAAAAGGAGGCAUAGGGGCGUGUGUUACCGAGCAUUGGACGCUUGUUUCCGAUGUGGCAAGACAGGUCAUGUAGUGAAAGAUUGCCCGCUUGGGUCUAAUAAUGCCAACCACCCUACAGCAAGUUCAGCUGGAUCUACUUCUACAGCUAAAACAAAUGCAAGAGCUAAUACUGGGAAGGAAACUCUAAGACAAGGUCGAGUAUUUGCCUUAGUGCCUGGUGAUGUGUAUAACACUGAAGUUGUGGUGUCAGCCAGGAAAUUGUUGAGAAAAGGUUGUCGAGGCUACUUGUGUUGUGUGUUGACUGUGUCUUCGGAUAGUACCAGUGUGGAAGCUAUUCCUUCGGUUUGUGACUUUCCUGAUGUGCUUCCUAAUGACCUACCCGGGGACUUAAUUGAUAGGGAAAUUGAGUUUACAAUUGAUGUAGUACCUGGAACAGAACCUAUUUCUAAGACUCCCUAUAGAAUGUCCACUUCUAAACUGAAAGAGUUAAAAGUUCAACUCCAAGAAAUCUUAGACAAGAAAUUUAUUCGCCCAAGCACAUCACCUUGGAAGCAGGGAAGAACACGAGAACCAUUUGCGAAUUGCCUUGCAGAUUCUGAGAAAAGGAAAUUGAAGGCAAAUACCGUUGCAGAUGUAUUGAGCAGAAAAUCUAUUGCCAAUUUGUCAUGUUUGCUCACUGGCCAGAGAGAGUUGUUAUGUGACUUGGAGAAGGAUGAGAUUGAAGUUGUGUUACAUGAACAGGGCGGAAUCUUAGUCGUCAUUUCUAUUCAGCCUACAAUCAUUGAAGAGAUUAAAAAGAAACAAUGCAAAGAUGAGUUUCUGAGGAAAAUUGUUGAUGAGAUUGAUUCAAAACUGAAACCGGGAUUUGUGCUUGAUAAUGAUGUGUUGAAAUUUCAGAAUCGCCUUUGUGUGCCGGACUGUUUUGACUUGAGGAAUGCAUCAUGA